GUGAACUUGAGAACUUCAGAAUCCAUUGGAAGUGUAGUGAGAAUACAAGGAACUAAAGAUUUUCCAUUACCGUGGAUACCCUCAUAAGAGCUCCUGAAGAAAUUCUUAAGUGAUACUAAAUUCUGCUUCAAGAAGAUAAAAAAAAACCACCUGUGAAUAUGCCUAUGCCAAACACAGACCUUCAUGAUGCAAAUAAUCAGUCUAAAUGUACCACUUCUGCCUCUUAUAUCCAACACUCUGAAUUCAAUGCCACAAACCCCUCUGAAUCUUCUAACAAACCAAAACAAAGUGGAUACAGGAAGGUCUGUUCCACUGGAGAGCCCAGCCCAUGGCCAAUCCCAGGACUGGGAUCUGGGAUUCUGGAAAUGCGUGUAAAGGAGGGGAGCAAGAUCAGGAACCUUUUGGGUUUCGCCAUGUCUCGUUUGCAAGGGGAUGGACAUGAGACAGCGACAUCACAGGUUCUGUUCAGUGGGAUGGGACGGGCUGUCACUAAAACCAUCACCUGUGCGGAGAUAAUGAAACGUAAAGUGCGGGGCUUACACCAGGUGUCAAAAGUCCAAUACAGGACAGUGACUGAGGUGUGGGAGAGCCAGGAGGGUGGCCAGGUUCAGAUGACGAUACACAGAACUGUUCCAUCCAUCUGCAUUCUUCUGUCUAAAGAACCGCUGGACCCUCAGGAGCUGGGCUACCAGCCUCCUGCAAAGAUAGGCUCUCGUUUAGAGGAAAGGAAAGGAGAUGAUGGACCACAGAUGUCUGGAAACCCAGAAAAAAGACCAAUGAGUCCUGGCCCCUCUGUGAUUCUGCCCAGUCUAAAAAGAGCUGCUGUGGGGCAGGACAAAUUUCCAACUCUGGAAUAGAGCGAUAAAAAGAUAAUAUAAGAGGGAGGAAUUCAUUUAUAUGUAUAUUUUGUGUAUAAAUUGAUUUAAAUAACAUGCUAAAGGCUUAGCUGUCAUAUACUGUUAUUUUGCAACAAAUGUGAAGUUAAUAGUACAGAGCUCCUUAAA